AUGCUCUCCGAAUUCUGCGCCGUCUGUUCGCUUCGCACUGCUGAUCGUGGAAGCGCCACGUUUUUGCAAAGUGCUGCUUCGAUCUGCAGUCAGGAAGUUUUGCAGGAAGGAAUACCUAAAAGCAGAGCUGACAUCGACAUCGAGACAUUUGCGAGACACCUUGGUAUUUCUAGCAACACUGACACAUAUAAUGUUUCACAAAAUCAAUGUUCAAAUGUCCACUCUUCUACGGCAAACUGCUUUACGAUCACUUUGGCCACAUGCAUUUGA